AUGGCAGAAGGAGUCCUCUUCAACAUUGUACAAGGGAUCAUUGAAAGGUUAGGCUCCCGUGCUUUUGAAGAGAUUGGAUUGGUUUGGGGUGUCAACGAUGAGCUCCAAAAGCUUCAGCUUCUAGUUUCCCGACUCCGAGCUGUUCUUCUUGAUGCUGAGCAAAAGCAAGCCAACAAUGAAGCAGUCAAAGAGUGGCUCCAAAGCGUAGAAGAUGAAGUUUAUGAAGCUGAUGACGUGCUCGAUGAGUUUUAUACUGAAGCUCAGUGGAGACAAAUGGUGCCUGGAAAUAAUAAAGUGUCAAAGCAGGUACGCAUCUUCUUCUCUAGCUCAAAUCAGCUUGUUUUUGGGCUGAAAAUGGGUCAUAAGAUAAAAGAUCUUAACAAGAGACUUCAUGAGAUUGCCUCGAAUAGAACAUUUGGUCAAUUACAAGUGAACCACGAAGAUGCACGAUUUGUAAUAAGAGAGAGGGUCACCCACUCAUUUGUCCGCGAGGAUAAUAUAAUAGGGAGAGAUGAAGACAAAAGAGCAAUUAUUCAACUUUUGUUGGAUUUGGAUCCCAUCCCUACAAAGAAUGUCUCAUCGAUUUCCAUAGUUGGAUUUGGAGGAUUGGGAAAAACUACACUUGCUCAACUAGUUUUAAACGAUGAGAUGGUUGAGAAGCAUUUUGAGCUGAAAAUGUGGAUAUGUGUGUCAAAUGUAUUUGAGUUGGAUAUAAUUGUUAAGAAAAUCAUUCAAUCUGCAACUAAUGACAUAGCCAAAAGCCUUGAGAUUGAUCAGUUGCAAAAAGAACUGAGGAAAAUAAUAGAUGGGAAGAGAUACCUCCUUGUGUUGGACGAUGUGUGGAAUGAUAAUCGUGAAAAAUGGUUUGGCUUGCAAAACUUGUUGAUGGGAGGUGGAAAAGGUAGUAAAAUACUAAUAACUACUCGUAGUGAAAAAGUUGCAAAAAUAACAGACACAUCUAAACCAUAUAACUUAAGGGGUUUAAGUGAAGAGCAGUCUUGGUUUUUGUUUAAGAAAAUGGCAUUCCAAGAUGGAAAAGAGCCAACGAGUUCAACCAUUAAGGCCCUUGGGGAGGAGAUUGCUAGAAAAUGUAAAGGGGUUCCGCUUGCUAUAAGGACCAUAGGACGGAUGUUGUACACUAGAGAUCCAGAAACUGAGUGGUUGGCUUUCAAGAAUAACAAGCUUUCAACAAUAAGGCAAGAAGAAAAUGAUAUUUUACCAACACUUCAGCUGAGUUAUGAUGUUCUCCCAUCACAUUUGAAACAUUGUUUUGCUUAUUGUAGUUUGUCCCCGCCUGAUUAUGAGAUUCCCGUAGAGAAUUUAAUUAGGUUGUGGGUGGCACAAGGGUUCGUUAAGUCUUCAAAUCCUAAUGAGUGCUUGGAAGAUGUUGGUUAUGAAUAUUAUAAAGAACUAGGGAGGGAAGCACAAUAA